GUUCAUGAUGCGAUGAUGCAAUUGGCGCAGAACCCGGUGUUCCUGGCAAACCCAGCAUGCCUGGGUGACUUUAUGGAGAAUCUUGUCAAGUCACAGCAGGGCCAUUCACCAGCUUCCCCACCACCAGCCAGUGAAUCUUGCAAACGGCCUCUUGUGGAUGGCUCUGACUCAACCCAGAAGGAUUUAGAGAAUGUGGGUGGCAGUGGGGCGUUGGUUGCUGAUGGUGCUGCAGAAGUUGCUGCUGCAGAAUCUGUUGAAGCACAUGCCCAUCAUGUUGGCCUUGCUGAUGUGGAAGAAGGCACUGAUGCUACAGGACCCACUCAGACAUCAGCUGCCGAAGAAGCUUUGUUUGCUGGCAUUGCUGAGGAACCUGACAGACUUCCAGACGAGUCCGAGCCUGUUGACAAGGUUGAUGAACCUGUCCCUGUGGAUGGACCCAAUGCUGAGAAGGACGUGGAAAAUGUUGGUGGAUCAAACAGCGAUGCUGCUUCUGAAGCGAGUAGUGAUGGCAAAAGGAUGAAAUCUUUUGUGCCCCAGGCGUCUGAUGUUCAUGCCUGCCUUCUGCGCAAGACAACCUUGGAUUUGAACCGUAGCAUUGCUCCCCAGGAAAUGCCUGGACACACCUCUGUUGUGAUGGAGUUGGCUGGUGUUCUUCAAGAUGUUUGGAUCCCCAUGGCACCAGAUGCUGCAGUGAAGGCUGGCUUGACACUUAGCCCAUCAGUCAAGCUGGUCACUCCGUCUACCUCCAGUGUUGUUUCUACAGCCAGUUCGAAGCCAGCAAGAGAGCCUUCGGCACAUGCUGCAGCAGCAAUUGACCUCACUGUUGAUGCUGCAGGGAAUGUUGAAGUCAAGCCUUUGGUGCCAACACCACCAGCUUUGGAGAGCCCUGCGCCAGCAACAGAAGUUGCAACCUCGACUUCCGUGGCCCAUGCCUCACCUGCAUUGCCUGGUCCUGGAGAUGGUGGUCAGUCUUCGGAGAGCCCAGCUUCUGAUGAUGCAGAAGCAAAGGCUUCUUUACGGAACAGCUACAUGCGAUUUCACAGAUCGGUGACCA